UGUUCCAAGUGUUACAAGUGUUUAGAUUUGGAGUUUGUUUUCCAUCACGUUGAAUAUUGGUCUAGGAUGGCGUUCAAAGGGCUUAUUUUGCUGAGUGUGAUAUUAGUAGCAAGUGGUCAGCAGACAAAGUCGGGAUCAAGAUUCAAGGAUAUACCGAUAGUGUCCCACGAGAAUGUACUGGAAGUUGACGGAAAGUUUAGAUACAGCUAUGAAGGCGGAGACGGCACCAGAGCUGUUCAGGAUGGUCAACAGAUUGUGGUGAACAACCAGGCGGGGACGGCUUCUCAAGGACAAUACACUUAUCAGGGCGACGAUGGGAAAACCUACAGUGUAUCCUACACGGCCGACGAGAAUGGCUACCGUCCAUCGGCAGAGCACCUUCCGACGCCUCCACCCGUUCCAGCACCGAUAGCACGGGCCCUGGCGUUUCUCGCCACUCUGCCACCUCAGAAAGAAAACAAUAGGAAAUUUUGAGUUCUUCAAGUGUAAUGUUAAAUUUUUGUACAUGAAAGUGUUGCUAAGAAAGUUA